AUGGAGCCUCAACCACCACGACAGCCGAUGCACCGGCCCUCGCACCCUCGCCUUCACAACAUCUUCCCACCGCCGCCGUCGCAUCUCGCCCAGCGAACUGCCAAUAGCACCCCGGUGUCGUCGCCGGGGCUAUUCAGUCCAUCUGUGCCCCGCCCCAAUAUGGCCUUUCCGUCCCAGCCCGGCUCCGAGCUGGCCACCCCCGGUGCCUCGUCCAGCCCGAGCCCGUGGUUGUUGCAUCCGCAGUUGCAUCCACUUCAGGGCCACAAGGUUCGAGAGACGCACAAGGCAAAUGUCGAGCACGAUUAUACAACCGGAAGAAAGCACAUCAAUAACUACGAGAUCAUAGAGGAGCUCGGCCGCGGCAUACAUGGGAAGGUGAAGCUCGCCAGGAACGUUGAGAAUGGGGAGUUCGUCGCCAUCAAAAUCAUUCCGAGGUUCUCCAAGAAGCGGCGUCUUGGCAAGGUCACGGCCAUGUCCACCCAGGACAAGAGCAAGCGGGAGAUUGCCAUUCUCAAAAAGAUCCGCCACCCAAACGUCGUCGCCCUGCUCGAGGUCAUCGACGACCCCGAGCUGAAGAAGAUUUACAUGGUGCUUGAACAUGUCGAACUCGGCGAGAUAGUAUGGAGGAAGAAGGGGUUGCCCCAUAUCUGCGAAUACGAACGCCGUCGCGUCGAGAGAGAGAUGCGCGGUGCGAAGCCUACGCCCGAGGAGGACCGAUUCGAGCGUCUCCUAUUGCAGCGGCAGGCCGCCAAAGAUGUCGAACGGGCGAGGGUGCGGGCCACAGCACAGCGAUCCUCAACCAACGACUACUGGAGCCUGGAAUACGGCCCCGCCGGCGACGAGGAGCUCGACUCGCAAGUCGGCUCUUUGGGCAGGGAGGAUUCCGGCUUAGCGGCGAUCCGUCCCUCUCUGUCGAACUCGAGCUCUCUGGCGGGGUCAAGAGCCACCUCCCGGGCGCCAUCCCGGUCACACUCGAACAAGUCACUGUCGAGGAUACCCGAGUCGAGCCUCGCAUCGGCUUCCAAUCCUCCUGAUCUGGAGACACAGAGCGCAUUGUCAAUCCCCAGCUCGUUGGCAGCGCUUGACGGAAGCAUGUACGGUCCAUAUGUCGAAGAUCCCGCCCCACGGGCAACGUCCCCAAGUAUGGCCGACGAUUCGCUCAUGUCCCAAGUAUCUUCGUUCGACUUCAGCAAAGUGCACGAUCCGUACGUGGACGAUUUCUCCUACGUGCCUUGCUUCACCAUGGAGCAGGCGAGGAACACGUUCCGCGACACCGUCUUGGGUCUGGAGUACUUGCACUACGAAGGCGUAGUUCACCGCGACAUUAAGCCAGCGAAUUUGCUUUGGACCAAGGACAAGAGGACCAAGAUUGCCGACUUUGGCGUGUCGUACUUCGGACGGCCCGUCCGUGACGGAGAGCCCGACGACACCAUAUCUGAGUCGGAAGCCCGGGACUUCGACAACGAUCUGGAGCUUGCCAAGACUGUCGGCACGCCGGCUUUCUUCGCCCCCGAACUCUGUGCUACCGAUCUCUACGAUGCCCCUCCCAGCAAACAGCCCAGGGUGACGGAGCAGAUUGAUGUCUGGUCACUGGGCGUCACGCUGUACUGUUUGAUCUUUGCCCGCCUCCCGUUCCUAGCUGAGGACGAGUGGCAGAUGUUUAGGAAAAUUGCCAACGAGGAGGUUUACAUUCCGGACCGACGUCUGCGACCGGUCGACCCCGCCACCAAACCCAGCGAAAAGUCAUUGUACACACGAGUGAACAUGCCGCCGUAUCGCGACGAUGAUGAGCUUGCCUAUGAAGAUAUUGAGCCGGAGCUUCAGGACCUGCUGAACAAGAUGCUUACCAAGAACCCCGACAAGCGAAUUCGCUUGCGCAACGUCAAGCGGCACCCUUGGGUCACCCAGGGCGUGGAUAUCAUGUCGUGGAUCGACGACACGGACCCUUCGAGGAGGACGUCGGGCAAGAAGAUUCAGGUCGACGAAAAAGACAUGGCCCGUGCUGUCGUGCCUCUAAGCUUGAUGGAACGUGCAAGAUCAGUUGUCAAGAAGGCGGUCGGCAAGGUCAUGCAUCCUCGUGGAGACCGCACAGAGAGCGUCUCGUCGAGGCGGCGUGCUGCGAGCAGCGCCGCGAGCUCAGCGGGCGAGAGCUCCGCAGCCGGGUUGGUCACUCCCCACCUACGGGAUGCGCGGCGGAGGAGUUUACGCCCCGAUGAUUACUUCUCGAGCGCUGCGCAGCCAACCGGUGGACAUCCUCUGACGCACAGCGUGCUAGCUAGUCCGGAGGAGGAACCUGUUUCCUCUCCGUCUGCAUCUCACCAAACAUCGCCGGGUGGUGGUCACCUAGGCCGCAGACCGCUCGAAUUGCUCACGUCUCUCCCAACAAUAAGCGACUUUCGGACCGGACAGGCAUCCGCCUCACCGCACCGGGAACCUCCUCGCCACGGGCACGCCCGGUCUGUCACAACCGCCUUCCUAGCUCUUACCCCGGCGCCGAUGGAGAUACAGACACUACCGCCGACCCCGCUCAUCGACAGCCCUCGGGAAGAUCCCAGUACGGCGCUACGGAAGGCCCGGGAUAUGAAGCCAAACGCGGACGAAGUUGGCCGAGCCCGGUCCGUCGAUCGCGGCUUGUUCGCGAGCGAUGAUAAGCGUGCCGAAGCCAGAGUCUCACUGAGCGUUGCAGUUGCUCCGGGGAACGUGCACUUCACACCGAGUCCUCGUCACGUACGGUCCAUCGAGCUCGUCAAGGGCCUUGAGCUUGCUGCCUCGGCCGUCACAUCUCCGACCGGGAGCCGACACCCAAGUCAUCAGCACAGCCCGUUCCGGUCAGACCCCAACAUGCACGGUAAACAACGUGCCCUCGCGGAGCUCGAAGAGAGGCUCGUGACUCCACGUCGUGAGAAGGGCCUGUUCAGACCUGGGACGCCACAACGUUCUGUGCAGAAGCCAUCCACACCGGAACCCAUCGACCCUGCUCUGAUUCCCUGCCCUCCAUCGCCAGAUGACGAAACGUUCCCGCCUAUGCCCCUAUCCAGGGGUGAAACCAUUGCGACGGGCAAAUCAUCAAGUUCGACGUCCAUCGACGCCGACACAACGCCAUUGACCAGCCCAAGCGAGUCGGCCAGUCCCAUUUAUGGGCUGAACAACCAGAUGACCAAGGACGUUGCAGACCGCAUGCUCGCUUUCCAGUCGGACCCGUCGCUUCCAGCGUUGCUCAGCAGCACGAGCUCGGUGUCUGCGGACCUUGAGGGCGAGUUCCUCGGCAACCCGGGAGUCGUCCACCACCAGGCUUCGGUCAUCGACACGACUGACUCGCUCACGCCGCCGGCGUUCUCCAAGGAGCCCAUGUCGGGAUUCCCGCUGUUAGCGCACGAUGUGCCGGAGGGCGCUGUCCAUGUGAAGCUGGAUCACGCCGCCGCUGCUGCUGCUGCUCGCGCUGCGACGGAACACCCGGGCAAGCCUGCUGUUGUCCACCGGAGAGGGUCGCGGAGUUGUCGGGAAGAAGAAAAUGAUGAUAAUGAUAGCGACAGUGACGAGGGGUUGACCAUGGCCAGGCGCAAGAGGAAGCCGGCUGCCGAGCACGGUGUCGCGGGCUCAGAGUUGACGGCGACACCGGCCAGGGACGGUCACCUUGCACAGACGCACUCGGUCGAGAGGCUGAUUGGGAGUGCGAGGCGGAGAGAUACCAAUGCGAGUGUUGGGAGCACUGAGACGGCGAAGAAGGUUUUUGUGGAUAGCGAGUAG